AUGGUGACCUUCGCCCUCCCCGGCGAAUACGACGGCGCGGAUGUUGCCAACGGCACUCCCAAGUCACGUCCUCCUCUACCCUUUGCGAAGCGCACUUACGUCGCGACGCCCUAUGCCAACAAGCGCCUGUCAACGUCUGCGGCUUCAUCGCGCAAGCUGCUGAUUACGCGCGAUGAGACGAUGAGCCAAGACCCUGUGUCCUCGUCACGCAACAACCUCUUCAGAGCAACAGCCGUCGAGAGCCCUCCGACAAGCACCACCUUCUCUCCCACCAAUCUCCCCCAGAGCACGAUGAAGAAAGUUUUUGCUCCUGGCGUGACGCCCAUGUCAAAUCGCGUUUAUCGCGAGAACACUGCUCGCGCGACGCCGCGCGGUUUGGCUGCUAACUCGUCAGACAAGGAGCUGUUCAACAUGCGAAUCUCAUCGCCUCCUCCGGAGCUGACUGGCGAAGUCCUGGCGAACAAGGUUCCAAAGGACUGGAAUUCUAAGGGAUCCAUCUACGCCGAUCAGUUCUUGGCUCAUCUCUGCCCUCCAAACCUCGACGACGAGCAGCGUCGCCAGUUCUUCUGCAUUCUCGAUCUACGUCGACUGAAAUAUGCCGCCAACGAGAUCUUCACCAAGAAGAGCUGGAAGCUCAACAUCAUGAACUUUGCCAAGGAGUUCGAAAAGAGUCGGUCUAUCAUCCUGCUCCGAUAUGGACUUUACGAGUUCCAGAGCGUCAAGCCAUCAAAGGAAGUUCUCAAGAGAUGGCGACGGGAGCAUGGCUUGCCCGAUCCCGUGGAAGAGGCAGACGAGGAGGCUGCUGAGGCUCUGGACGGCACGCCAAGCAAACCAGCGACUGCCAAGAAGCGCAAGGCUGAUGACAACUUGUCAAAGGAGACUGUUGAUGCUACUGAGAAUGUGGCCUCGGCGGUCAAGCGAAGGGCCACCGUCAGAGAUGAAGAAGACGAGCCUACUGCCGCUACCCCAGCUCCUAUGAAGAACAAGAGAAAAGCCACCAUUACCGAAGAGUCACCCGCCAAGCUGCAAAAGACGCCUUCUUCUUCCGCCAAGUCGCUCUUUGAGAAGAUUGCCAACAAGCCGGCUGCAAGCCCCGUCCCCGUCAAGGCAGCUGAGAAGAAUGCUGCCAACGGUAGACUUUCUCGCUCAGUUUUCACUAGCUUGAAGCCCCCGGCCAACGGCGUCAGCAACGGCAACAUCUUUGGCUACCUUUCCGAUGCUAGCUCUGCCAAGAACAGCGGAAUCGAGGCUGAUGCUGAGAGCGAAAGCGAGUCUGACAAUGACGAAGAAGUCGAAGAAAGCCAGGAAGCCGGUCAGAGCGACGAACCUAGCGGUGCUAGUGACGCUUCCCCUCAAGUUGGAUCCAACCUGUUUAACACUAAGCCAUCAACCGCCUUUGGCACUGGUGUCUCUAGUGCUGCAGGUACCCGCGAGAGCACUCCGGGACGCAGCCUGUUCGAACGCAUUACCAAGGGUCAAGAUGGACAGCCCGUUCGGGCUGAUGAGAAUGCAGAGGAGGUCAUCCCCAAGGCCCCAGCAUCAUCCUUGAACCAGACCUGGAAUCCCACCAGCACCCCCCUCAAGUUUGCGCCUGCUGCUGCUCCUUCUACUACUCAGAACGGCUCGCUCUUUGGUAAACCAGCCUCUGCUCCCGCUGGCUCCAUCUUCGCACCAAAGAGCACCGCACCAUCCAACAUCUUCGGCGUGUCUAAGCAAGACCAGAGCUCCAAGGCCAACACUCCUCUUUCAGAGACUGACGUGACUGGCGGAGAGUCUGAUAAGGAAAACGACUCCCAGCCUGCCAAGAAGCUGUUUUCUGAACCCAAGGUGGCUGCUCUACCCAGCACCACCGCCGCUCCGCUGUUUGGUUUCAAGCCCGCUGCAGCCGAGCCCGUCAAGCCCGCAGCGACCACUACCAGUCUCUUUGGCGCUAUUGGAAGCUCUGAUGCAACCUCUAAGCUGUUUGGUGAUGUCAAGACAUCAAUCCCUUCGGCGCCUACCUCCGCUCUCUUUGCUCCCAAGAAGGAGAGUGAGAAGCCCAAGGGCAACAGCCUGUUUGCUCUCUUCGGCAUCAAGCCGGCAGAGACGCCUGCUCCCGCUGCCGCUCCCGCCCCCGCUACCAGCCUCUUUGGCACUGCGUCUUCAGCUCCUCCUGCAACGACCGCUCCCGCUAUGUCGUCCAACUUUUUCACUUCUGAGCCUGACCAGUCAACGCCCGCUCCCACUACCACCAACUUGUUUGGCGCUGCUUCAUCGGCCCCAACAACUUCCCUUUUCGGCGCCUCAAGCUCUGUGCCCUCUAAGAAGGAUCCUUCCCCCUCUGCCACAACUCAGCCCGCGUCUGCGCCUCUGUUUAGCUUUGGCACGUCCGCAGGCCCCAAACCCACUGAAACUUCUCAGGCCGCUGCCAAAUCCCUGUUUGGUGCUCCAAAGUCCCCUCCCGCUGCGUCUUCCAGCUUGUUCGCUGGAAGUCCGAUGAAACAGGAUGCGGCAUCACCUGCUAAGAAGCAGUUUGGUCUCGGCACUGAUACUUCGGCCCCUCCUCCGGUGUUCAGCUUCGGCUCAACUGGCGCAAGCUCAGGUUCAUCAAACUUGUUUGGUAACCCUGCGCCUUCUGCGCCUACUCCGGCUCCUCUCUUUGGCGCCACUCCUUCAAGUGCCCAAUCGGGAUCUGGAGACAGCAACGGUGGCAGCUUCAACUUCAACUUUGGAUCUGGAGCAGUAGCACCCGCCUCUACAGGCAGCUUCAACAACCCUUUCUCAUCUGGCAACACUGGGGGAGCCCCGGCUCCGGCAUCAGCUCCCGCACCCGUGUUCUCCUUUGGUUCUUCCGCUCAGCCAGGAGGAGGAUCUGGUAGCUCUGGCGGCUCUGGAAUGUUCCAGUUUGGCAACGGCACCGGAAGUCAGCCCUCUCAAGCAUCAACGCCCUUGUUUGGCGGCGCCUCGGCCACGACUCCCAGCGUGCCAUCUUUCACUGCCACGGGGCCUUCAAGUCAACCAUCGACUUCCAUGUUCUCCUUUGGAGCAAGCAGCCAGCCUUCCUCCGGGUUCAACCUCGCGCCGCCAGCCGGUGGAUCCUCGACCACCGGGACAAACUCUCCAUUCAACCUCGGGGGAGGCUCUAGCUUGGCAACCACACCAGCUGGCGGGACGCCGGAACCAUCGGCCCAACUGAAGACGAACACCAGCGCUGCUGAAAACAACGACGAGGAGGGCGAGAAGCAUGAGCAGAUCAGCCUGACCGAAGGCGUUGAGAAGGAUGAAGAAGUCCUACACGAGGUUCGCGCAAAGGUGCUGAAGUUUGUCCCUGCAGGGGAAGCGUCCGAGAGUGAGGAGAAGAAGUCCAAGAGCCCCUGGGCUACUAAGGGUGUUGGAUCCCUGCGUCUGUUGAAGCACAAGGAAACCAACAAUGUGCGUCUGCUCUUGCGAGCAGAGCCCAGAGGCAACGUCGCGAUGAACCGCUCCGUACUGCCAGAUUUAUCGUACAAGGCGGAUGAGAAGUAUGUGAAAAUGACUACGUCGAAUGACACGGGUGACGGCCUCGAGACCUGGAUGAUCCAGGUGAAGACAAAAGACAUGGCCAAGGCGCUGGCUGAAUCGUUGGAGACGCACAAGGCGUUAAACAAGAAAUAA